AUGGAUGCAAACAAGGCUGAUGCGUUGAAAAGCUUGAAGCUCGGGAAAGAAGCGUUGAACGCCGGAGACCGAGCCCGUGCGCUCAGCUUCCUAAGAAAAGCCCGUCGCCUCGACCCAACACUACCCAUCGACAGUUUCUUAUCAGUGCCUGCCUACACCGAUGAGCAAAUCAUGACCGUCAAACAAGUCAAGGAGAAAAAAGAUUAUUAUGAAAUUCUGGGGUUAGAGAAAACAUGUAGCGUUGAAGAUGUUCGAAAAGCAUAUCGAAAACUGUCUUUGAAAGUUCACCCUGAUAAGAACAAAGCUCCUGGGGCUGAGGAAGCGUUUAUGGUUAUUUCCGAAGCGUUUCAGUGCCUAAGCAAUGAAGAAAGAAGGAAAACUUAUGAUCUUGUUCGAUCAUAUGAACCCGUUUAUGAAAAGAGAUCAGCUUUCACAUAUAGUGGUGGAGGAGGCAAUGGAUUUUAUAAUGGUUUUUAUGAUGCCGAAUUCGAAGCAACGACUCAGUUUCAAAGUUUUAACUUUGAGCAUGGAAAGGGAGAUAAGGGCUGUACUGGAUUCAACAUUGUCUCGCAGGAGCAUUUCUUGUUACUGCUAUAUCUUGUUGUUUUGUUAUUUUUCCUGUUUAUUAAACAUGUAAUGGAUGGCUAG